AGCUCCGCGAUCGCGAUGUCGGCUGUUGAUCUUGAAGAAUUAGAGGAAGGAGAGAUUGCAGAAUCAGAUUCUGCCGAGAAGAGAAGGUAUUAUUUUGAGGAUGUAUAUGAGCUAAUUCUACAUAAAGCAACAAACCAUGGUGGAAAAGAUGAAUCAAAAACUAAAGGCUCAGGAAAAGGUGCUGGCAGAAAUGCAGAACAGAAGUAUUCUCUCCUCAGCAGCAGCAACCCCAUGCACAUUCCUUCAAAAGAAUCAGAGUUUCGUCAAAACAGUGACAGUCAAAGUGACAGUCAAAGUGACAGUGAUGAAGAAGUCUGGAAAAAACGCAGAUGUUUGCAUCUUAAUGCAUCUCGUGACAGUAAUGACAAACAACCAUUUGUCAAUCCAAAUUACGUGAAAAAUGGUGGGAUGCCAAAACUUCCAGUUCCAAAGAAAAAAGAUGUUUGGGGAUCUGUUUUGCAAGAACAGAUUUUAACACAAGAGGUCGGAGGAUUUAGCAUGGAGAAAAGAGUUCCCUGCGACAGAGAUGUAGAAAGCUACGACUAUACACGAGCAAUAGCAGAUGAUAGACCUCAUGUAGAACUGAAAUGUGCUGAUGAAAAGUCCAAAAGUGAUGAUUUGUUUGAUGAAGUGAUAGAUUUAGAGGAGGCCUCAAAUAAGCUCCAGGCCCAAAAGCGCAAGAGACCUGUAAAAGAACGUCUGAGUAACAAGUUAACCAAACAGAGGCCAAGACGUGGUUUACACAAUAUCAAACCCUCUUCAACUGUAGAUGAGGUCACAUACGCAAUUGCCAAGGCACUGAAAGAGAAGAAAAUUCACCUUAUCAGAAAAGUGGUAGAGGUGAUCGGACAGACCAAGGCACUGCAUUUGCUGGAGGAGACGGAGGAAAAAGAGGCUGAUGGGGGAAUGCUUACCAUGAAUGGGUCGAGACGACGAACUCCAGGAGGAGUGUAUUUGCAGCUUCUAAAACAACAACCAGACGUGACGAAGGAGCAAAUAGACAAAAUAUUUGAGGAAGAAAAUCGCUGGUUUCUUGAAAAUAAGAAAAGAAAAAAGAUCAGGGCACGACAACGAAAACAUCAGCAAAAAAUCCAAAAUACAGUAUUGAAAGGAGAAAUGGAUGUGGAACCUGCAGUUUCAAACUGCUCGGAAAACCAAGCUUCUGGUGGGACAGGACAUGAUUCUGGCGAAGAUGAUGUAGACACAAAUAGGAACUAUUCAGACGAUGAAUGUUCAGCAGAUUCCAAUGCUAGUUUCAGUAAGCAGCUACAGACUGUGAUUAAGCAGCAAGCUAAGUUGCGUAGUGAAACAAACAGGCAGACAGAUGAUGAUCUAGAUGAUGUUUUGGAUAUAGAAGCAGAGGAAGACUGUAUUGAGUGAACUCUGGAGGUGGAUCGUCUAUAAUACCAUCCCCAUAAUAAAUUUCUGGUGUAAUUUUCCAUGUUUACAAACUGUUGAUCAGUUCUUGUUCUUUGAUGAAACUAAACAUGUUUUUCAUUUCUUUCAGUUUUUUUUUUGUACAACUAGUUUUUCUGCAAGACUAUUUACCGACAUAAACAGUAGAGCUGCAGCCCUAUGCUCCUCAAAGGAGCAACAAGGAAUAAACUAAACAGUAGAGCAGUAUAGUAUGGACAAAAUGCAGAAUCAAGAACAGUAUGUGAACAAUGCAUUUUUAUAGUCUUAAUCUGGACGUUUUCUUUUCAGCAUCUAAAAAAGGUAUUGCUGCUGCCUGCAAGCCAUUAUAACUGAAUCAAGGAAACAUGGCUUUCUAAUAAUAGUGAAGACUCACUAACUAUAAAGUCAAUGUCCACAACUCCAUAAAGAAAAAUUAAAAGUGUUUGUACAUGUAA